UCAAAGGCAACGUGGUGUUGUAGCCAGGACUGUGAGACACUGGUUGAGGAAGUUAGGAUUUGAUUGGAGGGAUAUUAAGAAGGGGGUCUAUACAGAUGGGCACGAGAGAGAUGAUGUCCGGAAAUAUUGGGAAACAUUUUUACUUCACUUGGAAUCCUACUGGCUCCAAGUAGUUGAAUUUCAUGACGAUGGAAGUAUAAUUGAUAAAGCAUAUCCUAUAGGGGUAGAAGUAAAUGCCUUGGAUCCUUCUAGAAGGCCUCUCAUUCUGAUCACACAUGACGAAUCUAUAUUUCAAUCAAAUGAUGGCCGACACCAAGCAUGGAUUUAUAAGGGACAUCACUUUAUUCGACCAAAAGGCAGAGGCCAAGGGAUCAUGGUCUCUGACUUUCUUCUUCCUUGGGCACGAUUAAGUUCACAAUCACUUUCAGUGGAGAAAAGGAAGGAGCUGGGAGUACCGGAAUAUGCUACCUUUUAUUUUGAGUAUGGGAAAGAGGCGGGCCAUUGGGAAGGUAAAGAUUUAGUCAAGCACCUAAUAGAGAUUGCAAUUCCCAUAGCAGAAGCUAUAUAUCCUGGGUAUCAGUUUCUAUUUCUUUUUGAUAAUUCCUCUAACCAUGGAUUAUUUGCAAGUGAUGCCUUAAGGGCAUCUAGCAUGAAUCUUACAUCAGGAGGGGAGCAGGCAUUCCUACGAGAGGGUUAUUAUACAGGAGGGGGUGGGAUAAGAUACAUACAACCUAUGUGGAAUAACCCUAGGGGAGAAAGGGAAGGAUUACAGUCAUUGGUCAAGGAGGAGAUAGGACUGGAAGGAAGAGAAUGUUUGCCUAUUAAAAACUGUUGCAUUUGCAAAAGUGGUCAUAAAUGCACCAAGUGCAAAACAAAAAAAACUUGCUCAGGUCCAUGCUCAAGGCGAAGAAAGUGUGAUAAGUGUGAGUAUCACCGUACAUGUAAGAAGUGCACUACACAAGAAAGGUGUGCCCAGUGCUUGGAGUAUGGGAGUUGUAGGAAUUGCACUGCAUGUGCCAAUAUGCCUGCCCGCUGCACAUCUAAAGAAUGUUGUGCUCGACAGCUUAUGAGUGACCAACCCGACUUCAAGGCUCAAGUUGGAAUACUUAUGGAAGUUAUUCAAAACAGAAACCAUCAGGUUCACUUCUUUCCCCCCUUCCACUGCGAGUUAAAUUAGAUCAAGUACUAUUGGGGGGCUGCUAAAUGUCAUGCACGGGAUCACUGUGAAUAUACUAUUGAUGCAUUAUGACAGACUCUUCCUGCCUCUCUUUCCUCUGUUCCGAAUUCUACAAUACACGCCUUUUAUCACAAGUGCCUAUGGUGUAUCCAAGCUUAUCAUGAUCAGGUUGAUUUUGGUACAUCCGAGUACGAACAAUACCUCAAGGUAUACAAAUCUCACCGGCGU